CUCUCUCUCUCUCUCCCAAACACAAAAGCUAAUCAUCUUCUCCCACCUUCUCUCUCUCUCUCUCCCCCCCCCCCCCCCUUUCUGCUUUCCUUCCCCACUCAAGUCCGGUCUUUGUCACCUUCAAUUCUCAGGUGUACAAAUUGUCUCACAGGUAGUUUUCUCAAGCCCCCACCCCCCUCUCUCUCUCUCUAGAAAUUUUAAGUUCUUCGGAAAUUCAUAUGUGUCUUGCCUUUUGAAAUUCUAUCUCCAGAUCAGUACUACUCUUAACUGUUCAGGCUUCUGUUCUUUUUUAGGGAUUCCGCGAAGUUGAAAUUCCCGCAUUAAAGGGGAGCUGGAACCGGAUGACAGAUUAAGGCCUGAGAAAGCUCGAAUUAUUGAUCCUCUCGAAAUCGCAGCCGUCGAUCUUCCGGGACUUUUGUUCCUCUAAAAUUCUAGCCAAUUAAUUCAAAUUCUAGUUAAUGAAGCUUGAUCGGGACUGUAGCUCAAUUAUUGGGGGACGACUCUCAUGAACAUUCGAUCAUUCUCAACGCAAUAUUAUUGUGUACUAGUCUAUUUAAGUCAAUGGACGAACUGUACAGGCUGCACUCGUCGAUUUCGUUCUCAAACGAUGUUACUGGAAUCGGAAAUUUCCCGAACAGUAGUAUGAGUACUGGAUUUCACGGCCAAAUUGACAGCAUGCUCCGGUUCGAGACGGUGAAUAUGGAGGUUGCCGCCGGAUCGGAGAUAUCCGAUCUCGUAAAAGCUCAGAUCGCCAAUCAUCCGCUGUACCCUAACCUUGUUUCUGCCUAUAUCGAAUGCCGAAAGGUGGGAGCGCCGCCGGAGAUGGCUUCACUUCUGGAGGAAAUUGGUAAAGAGAAUCUUCCGAUAAGCAAUUGCUGUGAGAUCGGAGCCGAUCCGGAACUAGACGAAUUUAUGGAAUCGUACUGCGAGGUACUACACAAGUACAAAGAGGAGCUGUCGAAGCCGUUCGAUGAAGCCACGACGUUCUUGACCAACAUCGAGUCACAGCUCAGUAACCUCUGCAAGGAGACGCUGACGUUAACCUCCGGGAACAUACAUUCGGAUGAAGAUGCAGGAUCUUCGGAGGGGGACCUGAGCUGUGGAGGAGAGGGGGAAGCAGCUGAAAGUCAAGAAUCUUCUGGUGCCCGUCCAGGCGACCAGGAGCUUAAAGAAAUGCUAUUGCGUAAGUAUAGUGGUUAUCUCAGCAGCCUGAGAAAGGAGUUUCUGAAGAAAAGAAAGAAAGGAAAGCUACCAAAGGAUGCAAGGACCGCGCUGCUGGACUGGUGGAACACACAUUACAGAUGGCCAUACCCUACGGAAGAGGAGAAAACAAAAUUGUCAGAAGUUACUGGGUUAGGCCAAAAGCAGAUCAACAACUGGUUCAUUAACCAGAGAAAAAGGCAUUGGAAACCAUCUGAAGACAUGAGAUUUGCUCUCAUGGAAGGUGUCAGUGGCAGUGUUGGGUACUUUGACAAUGCAGGAGGGACUGGAAGUGUGGAUAUUUGAACUGACAACAAGAUUAUAGUGAAGUUGAUAUUUCUGGGCACAUCCUAUAACUUAAGUCAUGGAGCCUACUACCUGAAGGGGGAAAGUGGUGUGCUUAAUCCUUCAUCAAGUGGAAAGGAUUUUACUUUUAUCUAAUUUAUAGUAUGUGUGGAAUUUUUCCUGUACAAGGGGGCAAAACUCUUAUUUUGUCCCUUGUUAUUUCAAUUUCAUGUGGUACUCAUUACAUGUACUCCAUAACUCAUGUACAAAGCAUAUGAAAUGCCAAUUUCUUAGGUGCAGUCUAUGUGUUCUUGUUUUGUUUUCCUUCUAAACAAAACAGAACUGGUAGAUAAUGUUCGAAUCUGUUAAAACAGUUGUAUGACUUGGUGAAGUUCAAUCAAAGUGAGACUAAAACCAUAAGCA